AUGCCUUCGAAGAACUCUAUCAAUAGGCCGCACCAUACUACCACUGUCAACCACAAGAUCCGCUCGCUAGCCAAGAAAAGAGAUGCGCGGGAAAGGGCGGGCCUUUUGCAACCAGCGAGAUCUGACGCGAGGUCCAAGUCUGGCGAGAUUCGCUCGAUACCGAUCGACUUGUAUAAAGGCGAACACGGCUCUCACGGUCCUAUCACCACCAAGACGCUGUCUAAGAAAAGGGCUAAGAAAAUCGAAAGAAAUCUCAAAUACGCCGAACAGCGCAAAUUGCUAGUAGAUGUGCAGAAAAAAGCUGAGGAUAGCAUGGAAAUCGACCGAGUGAAGUCUGUAGAGAAAAGGGCGGGCGAAACGACCGCUCUUUCAAGAGUCAAAGCUGCCAUUUUCCAAGUUCUUGACGACUCUACUAACACCGGACUCGUCUUGGAGAACGGCAAUGGCACGACGCUUGGCGGCCCAUUUUUCCCUUAA